GAGAAGGUCACCAAUGAUUUUAAGGCCCCGCCUACCGAGCAGUGGUUGGAAGCAACCCCUAGUCAGGGUAGCCCGCGCAGGGCUGAUUUCUCUACCACGUUGUGGGCGUAGACGUACCAUAGACACAACCCCCGAUGCAUACACCCCGUCUUUUCACUGUUCACUGAGAUCAAAUCACUCGUCUCAGUUCUAUCUUUGAUCUUGACGGUGCAGUAACGUGACUUUUAAAUUACGGGACAGUUCGUGUGAUCUGUUCGGUCUGUCGAUAACCCGUGAUAUUUUCGUGAAAUUUGUGACAAACGCUUUUGGAAAAAUAGAAGUCUGAAAGGGGGGGGCAAGAAUGAAUCAGGAUCAAGAAGUACCAGUUACGACAACGGAUCUAGCUAGACUGCCGAGCGAGGAAUUCAACAGGCUAAACGAGCCGCUUCAAACAGGAUAUUGUCCCACAAACUAUCCCGUGACACAGCCGAACACCGAGGAGAAGCUGCAUCCCGAAAAUGAAAUAUACCCGACACAGGAAUAUAGACAAGAAUCAUGGCUUCAAGAUGGUAGCAGCUGCGAAACGGAAGACAGCGAGCAGUACGUGCCGGAAUUCCAUCGUAUGUCAAACGCGAGCGUCAAGCAGGAAUCGGCCAACUGCGGAAGAAUCAACGAUACUAAUUACUCGCAGUAUCAAUCGGUGAACCAUCCGCAGAGCAGCACCUUCCUCGACCUCGAUCCUGAGAAUCGGAAUAAUUGUUUUGGAAAUAGCAAGAUGAAUUCGCGGACGAGCGAAACCACGAAGAACGUAGCGGUGAAGGAGGAACCGGCGGACAGAGGAUACGGGGAGCCGAUAUCCGUGACGAAUAUCCCCACGUCGACGGGCCAGGAUACUCGAAACGGUAACAGCAGCAUGGUUUACCAGCCGCAAUACGGGAACGCCAGAGGCUCUCCAUCGCCAAGUCGACCAGCCAGCACCUCGUCCGCCGCUUCCCAAUGGCAGUCCGCGGUUCCCGCCUCGGGUGAAGCUUUCUUCCCGCGACAAGAGAAUUGGAGUUCGGAGGUAUACGGGAAGAGAAGCGUGACUCCCACGUGGACCGAGCUAGGGGUUCAGUUGGACAGUAGGAAUACGUCGUGGGAGAGACAGAGUAACUGUUACCAGAAGAAAGGCUCUCCCACCUCGUGGAACGCGGAUUACGCUGGCAAGAGACCAUCCUCGACGACAGGGGUGUCACCUUGGAGCGAGAUGUCGGUUGGAUAUCAGCAGCAACGCCGCGGCUCUCUGCAGUUGUGGCAAUUUUUGGUCACCUUGCUGGACGAUCCAGCGAACGCACCUUGCAUCGCGUGGACCGGUCGCGGUAUGGAGUUCAAGCUCAUCGAACCGGAAGAGGUGGCUCGUAGAUGGGGUGUUCAGAAGAAUCGACCGGCGAUGAAUUAUGACAAAUUGAGCAGAUCGUUGAGGUACUAUUACGAGAAAGGGAUAAUGCAGAAGGUGGCGGGAGAAAGAUACGUUUACAAAUUCGUCUGUGAUCCGGAAGCGCUUUUCAACAUGGCGUACGGAUCCGCGGGAUCAUCCGGGCUUCCGGGCAGCGAAGUGCAAAAUGGUGUUCGAAGCCAGUCGAUAUCCGGAAAAAUAUCGUCGUCGAACGAUGUGUCCGAUCUAUCGAAACAUCCUACCGCCGGCUACGGCGAUGCGGUUCUUGCUAUGUACUCGAACACAGCAGCAGUAUACGGACCAUCGAGUUUGCAUCAUCUGCACCAAUAUCUCGGCGGAAACGAGGGUUUCAAAGCGCCAUCGAAUAGAUACCAUUCUCAUUAUUCGCACGAGUACAACAGCACCCAUCAUCAUCCGCCAUCUAGUUACGCAGAGACCUUCCUGAACUACGGUCGUUUGUCGUCCCACGACGCUCCGACCGAGUCGAGGAGCCAAGAACUGGCGAGGAUCCCGUACACGCAGGAAACAACGGAAGGUAUCAGCAGAGAACGAGAGACGUCAUCGAUUUUAUACGACGGAGUGCAGAGAUCGCAAUUACCGGCCGCUUCUACGCUCUCCCAGCCAACCUUGCUAGACGCUACCACCACCAGCUCGAAGAUCGAGCAAACUUCUUACGCCUGCCUCGGUGUGGGUAGCUGCGUCUGCUGAAUCUAUUCCCACCUUACCGAAAGACGGAAAGUCGUCGCCUUUUCGACU